AUGGCCAGACCACAACAGCGUUACCGAGGUGUCCGACAAAGGCAUUGGGGCUCUUGGGUCUCCGAAAUUCGCCACCCCAUUUUGAAGACUAGGAUAUGGCUUGGUACAUUUGAAACAGCUGAGGAUGCAGCUAGAGCCUAUGAUGAAGCAGCUAGGCUAAUGUGUGGUGCCAGGGCAAGGACAAACUUCCCUUUCAACCCAAAUGUUUCCCACACAUCAUCUUCUAGUUCAAAGCUUCUCUCAGCAACUUUGACUGCCAAACUGCACAGGUGCUACAUGGCUUCUUUGCAAAUGACAAGACAGGCUUUGGCAUCAUCUGAGUCUCAGAGAACACCUUCAGUGCCAAAUGCCACCUCCACAACCCCACCAAGCAGCUUCAUUGUCAAGAGUGACCAAACCCAUGCAGAGUUACACAAGAGACCGGAGGAGGAGCAAGAGUUAGAGGCCAACAGGGGUGUUAAAAGGGUCAGAGCUGUGGAAAGUGUUCCUCUACAGUUCAAGCCUCUUGAAGAAGAUCACAUAGAGCAAAUGAUUGAGGAGCUUCUUGAUUAUGGUUCUAUUGAGCUCUGCUCUGUCUUUCCACCCCAGGCCCAUUAA